AACAACACAGAAGGGGGUGGUUUUUCCCUUCAUUCGUUCUUCUUUUUUUGUGUGAAAUAUUCAUCCCAAAUGUGUUGUAACCUCACUGUGUGCUCUUGGAAAAAGGAUUACACUCUUGUUAGAACCGUUAUCAAGUGAAAUUCCAACGGGAACAUGCCUUUUGCAUGUUAUGCUAUACUUAAAGCGAAUUACAACAACAAAGUUGAGUGAGUUUCAAAUGAUUAAAAAUGAGAAUGAAAAAAACCUAAGCGAAGUAAUUAAUUCAAAUGAAAUUUAAUUUAGUAUUGGUUUUUUUGUUGAUAAAAACGGAAAUAAAUUAAAAGCCGGUUACAAAAUAACAACAACAGAAAUGAACGUUACAAAAUAUUUGAAAGCCUUUUUGAUAUAAACGAUUGUUUUACAGUCGUUUUGUGAAUAAGUUUAAAGAAGAUUGUGGGGCAGAAAAAAAAAAAAACGGUGUGAUUUGUGAAGUGAAAUAUUUGAAAUCGUUUUUUUUUUGGUCCUUUAUAACUCCGGAAUGCGGUUUGAAUUCUUAACUCCUUUUUUCGAAAUCGGUAUCAUCAUUUAAUAUGGAAUACAAAUAGACACAACACACACACACCGAGAUACUCUCUUGAGUUAUAAAGAGAAUCCAACCCAGACUUUGCGGAAUGUCCAGCAUUAUAAUGAUGAUGAUGCAAACAUCAUUAUCCUGCUGGCAAGGAUCAAUUGCCAUGAAUGCAAAAUGUCUGUGCAUUUUAUUGGUAUUACUACUUAGAUGGUCAAGUGUAGAAGCUUCACAUCCACCUAGGAUUACUGAACAUCCCACAGAUACAACUGUACCACGGCAUGAACCAGCAACACUCAACUGCAAGGCCGAAGGAUCACCUACGCCAACAAUACAAUGGUAUAAGGAUGGAGUUCCAUUGAAAAUACUGCCAGGUUCACAUAGGAUAACUUUGCCUGCGGGAGGACUAUUUUUUCUCAAGGUUGUAAAUUCUCGUCGGGAAAGUGAUGCUGGGGUGUACUGGUGCGAGGCUAAAAACGAACUUGGAGUGUCACAGAGCAGGAAUGCUACAUUACAAGUUGCCGUCCUUCGAGAUGAAUUCCGUUUGGAACCUCAAAAUACCCGAAUCGCUCAAGGAGAAACAGCUCUUCUGGAAUGUGCGGCACCUCGUGGAAUACCUGAACCUAUUGUAACCUGGAAAAAAGGUGGCCAAAAACUUGAAUUGGAUGGCAACAAACGUAUACGCAUUGUUGAUGGUGGCAAUUUGGCAAUUCAAGAGGCCCGUCAAAGUGACGAGGGUCAAUACCAGUGCGUAGCUAAGAACCCAGUUGGUGUUCGAGAGUCAGUUGCUGCCAUCCUUAAAGUUCACGUUAAACCAUUUAUUAUCCGAGGGCCACAUAACCAAGUUGUGCUGGAGGGUUCUUCGGUGACAUUUUCUUGCCGUGUAGGAGGUGAUCCAAUGCCAGAUGUACUUUGGCUUCGCACAGCCUCAGGGGGGAAUAUGCCUUUGGAUCGGGUACAUGUUUUGGAAGACCGGUCAUUACGACUGGAGCGUGUCACCUUGGAGGAUGAGGGAGAGUAUAGCUGUGAGGCUGACAACGUUGUGGGUUCUAUUUCAGCUGUUGGCACCUUGACAGUUCAUUCUCCUCCAAAGUUUGCUGUGAGACCGUCUUCAAAGUCAGUGGACGUGGACUCAGAUGUUUCAAUCGACUGCCAGGCAAUAGGAAGACCUUUCCCAACCAUCUUCUGGUCAAUUCGAGGAAACCGGUCGCUCAUUUUUCCCGGCAACAAGUUGAACCGAUUUGAAGCCUCCCCAAUAGAUAGCAAUGGCCGCACCACCCUAACCGUUGGCAAAUUCCAACGUUCCGACUCCAGCCUCGUUGUGAUAUGCAAUGCAAUCAACGAAGCCGGUGCAGUUAGUGCCAGAGCCCAACUAAGCAUCAACUCCCAAGACGACCAUCCACCGCCUAUUAUCAUUGCCGGUCCCGUCAAUCAAACUCUGCCCGUGAAAUCCCUAGCCGUGCUCAAUUGCAAGUCAAUUGGACAUCCCCAGCCAACUGUUUCGUGGUACCGAGACGGUAUACCCGUAAUUAAUUCGAAUAAAAUAAACAUCACUGCGUCCGGAGAUCUGGUUAUCUCCGACUUGGACCGUAACGAGGAUCAGGGUCUGUAUACUUGUGUGGUUAGCAGUCAGAGUGGUAAAUCAACAUGGAGCGGCUACCUACGCAUAGAAUUACCCACAAACCCGAAUAUAAAAUUCUUUCGUGCUCCGGAAGCAUCCAAAUGCCCGAGUGCACCCGGAAAGCCAAAAGUUGUAAGCUCAACAAACGAUUCGGUGACAGUGGCAUGGAUGCCGAGUGAAAAGUUUGGUGCCUCCCCAUUGCUGGGCUAUGCCGUUGAAAUGUUUUCCACAAACAAGAGUCGAACAUGGAUACCUCUGGCCAACAGAUUGAUGCAAAGUAUUUACACGGCUACUGGUCUGGAUGCGGGUGCUGUUUACAUGUUCAUAGUGCGGGCCGAGAAUUCGUUGGGCUUCUCACAUCCCAGUGCAAUUUCGGAAACUUUUACGGCUGGCCAAGUGGUGCGAGAGGAGAAGGAUAUAAUUUUAAGCGAAGCCGAGGCACUUCUGACAGCGAAUAGUGCUGUUGAGUUGCUGGAAGCAAAUGCCACUGACUCAACUGGUGUACGUUUGGUGUGGGACAUCGACAGUGGAAAGUUUAUUGAGGGUUUCUACAUUUAUGCUCGUGAUGUGUCUUCAUUGGGAACAGCAGCAGCAGUGACGACGACGGCGGCAGCGACCACGACUGGAGGAAGUUAUAAAAUGUUAACCGUGCUGAAUGGUGGUGGGGCGUCAGCGUGUACCAUUAGUGCUCUUCAAAAGGCCACAAAGUAUGAAUUUUUCAUUGUUCCAUUUUACAAGUCGAUCGAAGGCAGGCCCUCGAAUGCGAAAUAUGCAACCACUCUGGAAGAUGUUCCUGAAUCACCGCCCAUGGACAUGGAGGCAAUCUCAUUCAAUAGGACUUCAGUGUUCCUAAAAUGGCAGCCGCCAUCCAAUCGUACAGCAAAUGGAAUCCUCAUUGCAUACAAUAUCAUCGUGCAGGGCCUGGACUCGCACAAUACCACAAGGAUAUUCAAGAAUAUGACAAUCGAUGCCGCAACUCCGUCGCUGCUUUUGGCCAAUUUAACAUCUGGUGUUACGUACUACAUUAGUGUGGCGGCAGCAACAAAAGUGGGUGUGGGUCCUUUCUCGCAGCCAUCGGUCCUUCGAAUGGAUCCAAGGACACAAUCUCUGGACACCGGAUACACCGCCAGGUAUCCUAUCAACAGGGAUAUUGCUGACGACUUCCUAACCCAGACGUGGUUCAUCGUGCUCCUUGGAUCGAUUAUAGCCAUUAUUGUGUUCCUGUUCGGUGCCAUGAUUCUGUUCAAACGGUAUCAGUACAUCAAGCAGACUUCCUUGGGUAGCUUACAUGGAAAUCACGCAAUCGGAACGGUACGAAAAUUUCCAACUUUGCCACUUAAUGCGAAUGGAGUUUGGAUUGAUCCAACUGGAGGAGUUUGGCGACAGGCAACGUCUGUUACUACAACAAAAGAUCCAAUUUCGGAUUACGCACCACAACACCUGCAUCCGACGUUGCCCCUUCCGGACUAUGAAAGACUAACUCCACUUAAUAUGCCCGAUUACGCUGAAGUUGCAUGUUCAACAUUUAAAAAUCCCAACUCAACCCUCUCGGCCCACAACAACAAUCAUGCUGCCAUCACUGCCGCCCUUUAUGAUAGCUGUGGCGCGUACGCAACAACGAAUUUAGUUGCAAAUGCCAAAUUGUAUCAAAACCGUUAUGCGACAGCAACAAAAGCUAACACCACAGCAAUAGCCCGUUCAACGGAUAACAUCCUCGGUGACUAUCGAGCUACAGGGAUGUAUUCAGCCCCACCUAGCGCCCACUAUGGACUAGAUGCUAGCUGUUUCAAUGAUACAAAUUAUCCCAUGAGCCAGGAUAGCAAAGUUACAACUGCUCUAGCCCCACCAUCAUCAUCGCUAUCGACCAAGUCAUCCCCUCAACAAUCAUCAAUGGGAAAGCCUGCUGGUAAGCUCGGCCAGCAAUAUAACAAGCAGCAUCAGUCGCCAUCGUCGUCAUCGUCGUCGGUGGGAGUAUCAAACCUAAUUUCCCGAACACCAAAAAUGAACAUAACGGAAAAUAAAAUGGAUCUCAUAAAUAACCUAAAUCUUACGUCAUCAUCAUCAACGGCAUCGCCGUCAACGUCCUCUUCAACGACCUCAUCAUCUCCCCCAUCGUAUACAAUUGGAAUACUUGGAGUGUCCUCCGUAGCAGCAGCAGCUGGAGCACCAGCCACAACGACAACAACAACAAACGUAUUCGUUCCGAAUUUCCUCAAUUCAAUUUCAACACCGUCGUCGUCGUCCUCAUUUUCCUCCCCAGCCAAACAACACCACCACCAGCAACAACAACAACAACAACAACAGAAUUCAUUGCUCAAUGGUUUUAAGGCCGGCAUCCACCAUCAACAGCAGCAAAUGGUCAAUACCUUCUCCCCUAGCAACAGCAACAACGAGAAUCACCACCACUCUCAAGUGGCGCCCGGGUGUGGAACAAUGAAACGCAAUCGUAAUCCCAAACUUUUCAAGAGUGAUAAUAACAUAAAUACUGCGUGUAACGGUAGUAGUGGUAGUAAUACCAACAGUUACAAGAACUGCUAUUCCCCCCUUCUCGGUGGCAGGACGCCAUUGCCGCCGACAACUGCAAUGCACAAUAACGAGGACAGUUAUUGCUCGAGCAGUAAUCAUCUGCUCCUGAAUGACUAUGCAGAUCAAUUUGGCAGUAAGCUGCCUGCCAAGCAGCACUUGUAUGUUAAGGCCAAGGACGGUACAUGGUCGGCAGUGAGUAGCGAUGCAUAUCAAUAUAAGACAGGAAGCAGCAGCAGCACUGGUGGCGGCAGCACAACGAACUGCAGUGAAAGCAACUCCAUUGCAACAGACUCGGCGUGUAACGGUGGUGGUGGUGUGGAUGACGAGAAUUGCCGUUUAGUAAGUAGUAGUAAAUCCAAUAUAAAUAGUAUUAAUUGUAGUUCCGGAUCGCAAAAGUAUCUAACUAGUUUUGGCAAGAGUGAUAUUGUGUAAAUAAAAACAAAUAAAAAUUCUAUAAAAUAAAACGAAGAAUAUGAUUAUGAUAGAAAGCAAAAUGAA